CACGUUCUGAAAUCAGAUUGGAAUUUCAUAUUUCCCUCUAACUAAACACAAGAAUAGGGUAAAAGUACAUGACCAUGACUGAUAUAAAAGAAAUGCGAGAAAAAGUAUGGAUAUUCUGGAGUGAAGACAAAGUCUUGAAGCUUUCAGCUCAUAAUCUCCGCUAUAAUGAAGAAGUGUGUAUAUUGCGAAAAGAUCUUCCCAACUGUUCUUGAUUUACUCUAUCACGAAGAGGAUGAUCAUGAAAAAAUCAUAUCUCGAACUUGUGAGGUGUGUGGCAAAAAGUGUCCCACCCGGUCAGCCUACUUGCGCCAUCGGCAAAUAAAUCACCAAACAAGCAAUCUUGAAAGUUUUUUAAAGGAACGUUAUGAAAACAUAUCUGUUGAGCCAUCUUCACGUAAGGUAGCUCGUGUCGAAAUACAGAAAGUCUUAGAUGCACUCCGUGAAACCUUUGGUUGUGGUAUCUUCUUAAAACAGUUUAGAAAAUCGGGUAGUUAUUCAACCGACACAAAGGUACUACAUGCGGACGAAUUUGACUUUGAUGUUCCUUUGAGGUUCUCUUUGGAGGAGUUGCACUUAAAUCGUGAAGGUGACAAAGUGUAUUAUCACUUUCAUCAGAAACAGAGGACUUUGAAUUUAAAUGUGCCGAUGUAUGUAUAUAGAACAAGAGGCUGGUUCACCGUUCCUCAGGGUUAUGUCGAAAUAAGAACUGCUUAUCGCGACCCUGUUGUAUCAAGGUUGAUUCAACAAGAGUUAUACAAUGUUCUUUUGAAGGCUAAAGAAAUGUUAAAAGAUUGUGCAAUGGAUAUACGCUGUGAAGCAAAGGGUCCAGCGUUGACAUUAACAAUCAAGAAAGAAGGUUUGCCAAACAUUAGUGUUGAUCUGUGUGCAUCCAUUGCAACAAACCAAAUCACACUUGCUGAUUAUAAUUGGCCCAGACCACAAACGAGAAAGAUUUUGUCAAAACGUUUAAUUAAUUCUAUCUUUGAUGCUGGCUUGCAUCUUAUACCAAAACAUUUGAAAUUUUGGUAUGUUUCGGAAUCGCGAGCUGGCCAAGCUCUUAUGAAUGGAAUUGACAACGAUAAAGGAUGCAGGAAAAAAUGUCAUAAGUUAUUAAAAGCAGAUUUUCAGACUUGGUUAGGUAGAUCUGGAAAUAAUUUACCAGGGAUUUCAACUAUGAUAUUUAAGCACCAGCUCUUCUGGUUAAACGAAGAAAAGCAAUUGGAUUGGAGCCAAGAAAAUUUGGCCGACAGAUAUCUUGACAUGCUCGAUGACUUAGCGGUACGAUUAAGGAGUGGAGUUCUUUAUAAUUAUUUUUUUGAUUAUCAAAACAUUCUCGAAGAUAAGGAUCAGCAGAUUUUAAACCAAGUUGCCAAUCACGCAGAAGCGAGAAGACAAGAACUUGAGGCAAAGGGAUAAUUUCGUCAAGCUGAAUGACGAUGAAUGUAACAUUUGAGAUAAAAUAAUCCAAUUUUUGCAAAUCAAGAAAACGAAGGAAAUAAUAACAAAGUUCAAGUUUGAAGAUAAAAAAGUUUCAUCUUUAUAUUUUCUUCAUUACGAAACUUACAGUGUAUUGUAAAAGUGACACAUGAGGAAAACAUAUGAAGUGUUUUAAGUGUUAUCCAGUGACAUAAAUGAAUAUGACUUUUAAUUUACAUGUUAAUGGUGCAAUUUUUAUCUUCAGCUUUAGAGGUCUGAAACUUUACAUGCUAAAAAGAGACUUUCUGAAUACGAAGAAGUACUGAAAUGUUUCUUUAAAAUUCAAAAGGAAGAAGACAGAGAGAAAGAAGAACAGUUUAGUAACAUUUUGAAGAACUUGCGGAGUAUCAUUUCAGCUGAUUGAUGUAUUUAUAUUUCAAAGAUACAUAACAUUUUUUUAAACGAAUUCUCUGCUAAUACAAAUUUCGUUUGUUUAUAUGCCCAUUUGGAAUUAUAAAAUGAAAAUUUUUUUUUGAGUUAAAUCGCGAGGACCUUAGAACAAAAAAAAAACAGUUGUUCUUCCUGGAGACGUUAUAAUUUGCAAUAGAAAGCAAGAAUAUACUUUUUAUUUGUCUUAUUUCACGUGUGUACAUAUUUUAUAAUUGUAGUUUUAUUAGAAUAUCAGUAAGGGAAGAUAAAAGAAGAAAAUAACGAAAUCGA